GUUUGAAGACCUGUCCAUGGUCCUGAAGCCCGGGAAUGGUCGAGACGCUAAGUAUAGCAGUGAUUGGAGCCCCGGGAGUGGGAAAAACUUCCAUUAUCCGACAGUUUCUUUAUAAUGACUUCACUGAGGGCUACACUACGACCAACUCAAGGUAUGCGUACCGACCCUCAGUGAUUUUGAAUGGUAACAUGUUCGAUUUGAAGAUUAUGGACGUCCCGCCUAUUUUGUCCUUCCCCGCCAGCACCUGCCAGGAGUGGCUGGAUCUGCGUUGCCAUGGAGUCCGGACUGCCAGUGCUUACAUCCUUGUGUAUGACAUCUGCUGCAUGGAGAGUUUUGAGUACAUAAAAAUGAUUCGGCAGCAGAUUGUAGACAACAGGGCGAGCAGCAGUGGAGAGGCCCCCAUCCUGGUGGUGGGCAGCAAGCGGGACCUGCAGAGGCAGCGCUUCACCUCUCGAAGGGCCGUCUCCUUGCUGGUCAAGAAGACCUGGAAGUGCGGCUACAUCGAGUGCUCAGCCAAGUACAACUGGCACAUCACCCUGCUCUUCAAAGAGCUGCUGGCCAGUGCCGUAGCACACGGGCUUAAGCAGAACCACUCCUCCAUUCGCCUGCAGGGGGCGCUGCACAGAAACCGCUGCAGCAUCAUGUGACUGAGGGCCGUAUGCAGUCUUUAUUUCAGUUGUUAGGAUCUACCAAUUCUGUUUAUUUUUUUCAAUUCAAAUUUUGUUUUACAGCAGGAUGCAUCAAAAGUGUUGCGACCAAAGUUUUUUUCCUUUAAUAAGCUUCUAUAUCCAUUCCAUGUCCUCACUUCCUUCCUUGUUCAUUUAAACUUUUCAUUCCUUUUAACAACUCUGAAACAUGGGUGAAAUUAUUGAAUCCUUCAUACAGUAGUUUCUAAACCACUUUCUGAAAUCCACAAACAUAGCUGCUGUAUGUCAUGUUUGUGUGAAGUCUUGUGCACUGAAGUGUGGUUGCCAGUUAAAGCAGUGCAGUAUCUGGGAAAACGGCUAUAUGUUUUAGUUAAUCGCUUCUGUCAUUCAUUAAUGCAUGGGGUUGCAACAGCAGAAACAAAAAUGCUAGCUUCACACGCAAAUGUUUAGCAUAACAUUGACCUUUCCAUGAAUACGUUGCAGUUAGCUCAUUUAUCAUGAACAUUAUAAUCCCAGUUCAACAGACUAGCUCGGAAAUGUGUUUUUCAAAGAAAAUUUGCAGGGAUAGAUAGGUAGCGUUUGUGACUUAUUUUGAAUUCUGUGUUUGUGGCGUAUUUGUUCUUGGUAAGUACUGAACUGAAUAUAUUGUGUUUUAAUGCAUGCACAGACUGUGUAAGGGAUCAAGUCAAAACUCAAGCUCCAAACAAUAUCCAUCCUAAACCCAGUGCUGCUUAUUAAUAACCAGACCUUUGCUGCUGCGUCAUUAAAAUGAUUAGCUGCCAGCAAUCAGGCUUAUGUGAAAUCUCCUCUGAACUGGAUAAAGUCCUAGACCCCGAUCAGCACUAAAUAAUCUCUGACUAAUAUUACCUUAGGAAAGUAGGUUAAGAUUAGUGCUUAUCAGGGUCUGUGCACACAGCCACAGAAGACCUCUUUUCUAAUUGGAUGUCGUUCUGUGUAGCUCUGAGUGGCUUUGCUCGGAUAUUGGUUUUUUGGAGGGCAAUGCUUUGAACUGGUUUGAGCCCAGCUCUUCAGUGAAGUGGCCACAUUAAUUUUUCAUGCAACUUCCCCAUUCCAUUUAGUAAAUGAGGAAUAUCUUUAGUUUGACCUCUCACUGAAUGCUCAUUGUUUACUGAAAGUACAGUAAUAAUAUUAUUGGAGUAAUAAUAUUAGAGUCACAUAACACUACAAAUAGCCACCAAAAUUCACUCACUGGAAUGGGGAAAAGAAGUUAGUGCCAGCAACUUCGAUAAGCUACUGGGCUUUUCAAAACAGUUCAUAUGAACAAUAAAAAUCAGUAUUUUACAGAAAACAUUCAUAACUACUGAGAAUGACUGGAAAAAAUGAUAUAAUGUGAUUAUUACUCUUUACUAAUUCUCAGUACAGGUAAGAAUGUCAUAGUUAGGUUCUGGGGUCUAAAGAUAUUAAACUUCUGAUCCAUCAGUUCCUUUGUCCCAGUAUUGGUUUUGACUUUGUGCUUUUUUUUUCUUCUUUGAAAUGGACAAUGCAAUAUUGUUCUUGUCUGUUUAUUGCAAAAAAAUUCUAUAUAUUCUUUGAACUAAAAGGGCUUCUCUUUUGUAACAGACAAGAUAGUUUUUUUUUAGAUUUAGAAUUAAACUAUUGUCUUUGAAGUUACUAAAUAAUAAAAUUGUUAGAAUACUG